AUGGGGAUCCCAGGUCGAACCGGCCCAGACGCUGCGGCCGAGUCCUUCGCCGACGUGUGUGGGCGAUCCAUCACGGUCAACGAGAUGGUCGGCAAUCCAAAGCUGCUCACCAUGAUGGGCCUCCCGCAGGUGGACUACGGCAGCGACAUCACCGCCAGGGCGCAGGCUGUCGUUGAUGCCAUUGCCCAGGGCCAGUGA